CUGCUCGUAUCCCUACCGUCACGGAGCAAAGUCUUGACUCGAGAUAGUGCAGGUUCAUUAGGUCUCCAGGUCGGUAUCGGUACUCCGGUAAGCUACUCGACCUCUCUUCUCUUCUCUCUCCCUUUCAUCCUAUUCUCCUGGACAAUAGUUCUAUAUGAGGCUCGCUACUGCUGGCGAUGUCUUCAGAAGAUUCCCAUAGAGUUCCCCCCUCUGCUUCCUCUUUCCAAGCAUGACUUAUCAUGACGGACAAGCUGACUCUGCGGCCACAAGGCUCGCUCGAGUCGAAGUUCUCAGACCACUCCGACUCAGCAGCCGAAGAGGAGGUUUCUCCGGAGCGCAAGGACUUCUUCACCGGCGUACGAAGGGGGAUCAAGAAGUUAGGAUCCAUAUCUGGGCCUCACAAUAGACCAUCGAACAUCCAGGUGGGAGAACGGUCUUCCCCAGACCCAACACCAGGUUCUGCAGAUUCGGAACGGGCUCGUCGAAAAAAGCAUGCCCCCAGUACAAGCGAUCUCAGCCGCGAGAAACCUUUACCUAAGACGCCCCUCUCGCCUCCCGUCGAGCUGCUGCUGCAGAACCCGUUCAGCCCGCCCGAUACCCCGAAGCCUUUCGCCUCAAUGUCUCGGCCGGCUGUAGGUGGUAGCCGCACGAGCACGAUGGAUUCUACGACCUCCAUGACAGCCACGCAGAUGUAUGCCAGUGGGUACAAGCCUGCUUCGAGCACUUACUUGGCGGACAUGAAUAGUAGUCAAGGAAGCAUUGCUAGCUCAAGACAGGAAGGAGAAGAUGAUACGAGGGACAUUAUGACGCCGCGGAGUAAUGGUCCACCUUCUGCUGGGCCUUCUCCAGCUCAACCAUCGCGGUCUGCGGGAGGAAAUGUAGUUGGCACAUCAAGUGGAGGGUCGUCUCAACAUCUUUCAGGACUUAUGUGCAAUGUACAUCGAACUACGGGACGAGAACCCCACCCAUUGGUGGGAGCUACGACCACGAUACUGGGAGAUAAGUUAUAUGUAUUUGGAGGACGGAUAUUAUCAAGGACUCGACCUGCUCUGACGUCCGAUUUAUACGAACUGGAUCUCAUCAGAAGGCACUGGACCAAAAUCGAGACAGGAGGAGAUAUACCCCCGCCAAGAUACUUCCACAGUGUUUGUGCACUGGGAGACACCAAGCUAGUAUGCUAUGGUGGAAUGUCUCCCGCGCCAACGCAAGGACAAGUCCAGCCCGUGGCAGCAGCUCAAAAUGCCCAGGAUGCUCAACCAGAAGUGGUUGUGAUGUCAGACAUCUAUAUAUAUGAUGCGCCGACUAAGAUGUGGUCUUUUAUACCAACUCAGGAUGACAAGACGCCGCAGGGCAGAUAUGCUCAUUGUGCGACUCUUCUGCCAUCAUCUGCUACUUUCUCAUCUACGAAUGCAGCAGCGUCUGCUAUUCAACAUAACCCUGCAGGAUCAAAUCCCAAUCAAGGUACACUAGGCGUGAAUCUUGAUGGGACUGGAGGUGCGGAAAUGGUUGUGGUUGGAGGUCAGGAUAGUGCGAAUCAUUACAUUGAACAAAUCAGCGUUUUCAACCUGAGGAGCUUGAAGUGGACAAGUACACAGCAGCUAGGAAAGAGCUGUGGUGCGUAUCGAAGUGUGGUUGCACCAUUGCCUAGUAGUAUCUCUACUAGACUUGGUAGAACAUCACCCACGAAACCAGAUGUUGGAAAUAUCAGCCAAGAUGCAAAGGAACCUGGGUACUCGAUGUUGAUUUAUUCGAAUUACAACUUCUUGGAUGUCAAGCUGGAGUUGCAGAUAAGGUCUUCAGAUGGAACGUUGUCUGAGAAACCCAUGCAUGGGACGUUUUCACCGCCUGGGUUGAGAUUUCCGAAUGGUGGGGUUAUCGAUACGAAUUUUGUUGUCAGCGGCACAUACCUCACUUCAUCGAAACAAGAAUAUGCUCUAUGGGCUUUAGAUCUGCGGACUCUGACAUGGAGCCGCAUAGAUGCAGGAGGCAGUGUAUUCAGUCAAGGGAGCUGGAAUCGUGGUGUGUUGUGGAAUCGGCGGAAUACAUUCGUUAUUCUUGGAAACAGGAAACGAAGUCUAGUGGAAGAUUAUAACCACCGACGAAUCAAUUUCAGCAAUGUUUGCAUGGUUGAGUUGGAAGCGUUUGGUCUCUAUGAUAAUCCGAGGAAAGCAACGCCGAUGUCUGGUUUCGUCUCAGCUAGCUCGCCAUAUUCGGCUCCUGCGUUGAAUAUUGGGACGAAAGCGGGUUGGACUGCUGGGGGGAGGUCAUUCUCGAAAGCGGCUGAGGAGCUGGGUCAGACUGCUUUAAGCUUGAGGGAAUUGGCUGAUAUGGAUAUCCUAUGUGUUGGUGGAGAGCGGAUACCCGUCAACUCGAGAGUUGUGGCUCGAAGAUGGGGGCCUUAUUUCGUCCAACUUCUCCGUGAAGGAGCCGCAACACAAGAUGGAAAUGAUGCCGCCACUCUUCGACCUGAAAAUAUCUUCAGACACAAUCCGAGCCGAAACAGCAGUGUUACCAUUACUCCCAGUAUUGGUGGACAAUCCUCGAACCUAAGCACUUCAUCAACACUGAACAACACAGGCACCUCAUCUCUCAUGACCGGAGUCCAAUCAGGAGACUACUCAAUCCAAACCCAACCACCAGAUUCCAGCACCCUAUCGCCAACCUCCCGACCCCGAACCCUAUACCUACCACACACCCACCUCACCCUCCAAUCCCUCCUCCACUACCUCUACACUUCCUCUCUCCCUCCAUCUACUUCUCCCCUCUGCACCCCUCAAAUCCUCUGUUCUCUCCUCCAAAUAGCACGCCCCUACAAAAUCGACGGCCUCCUCGAAGCAGUCGUCGAACGCCUACACUCCGUCCUGGACUCCCGCAACGCAGCCGCCGUCUUCAACGCCUCCGCCAUGGCCGCAGGCGGCGGUCGCUCCACCAGCGGAGCCGAAAACUGGCUCUCGGGCGAUUUCAACGAUAUUCCCAUCCGUGGAGUGAGUGGACCCCCAGUGUUGCAAAUCGGGUCCAUGGGCUCGGAUAUUUCUCUGCGCGGUCAGGGUCAGCAGCAACAGGGUUCCCAACCGCUACGCAUCAACACCUCGUUCAACUCGACGGGGUCGUCAGCGCCGGAUGAGGAGAGUAUGUCCGCGACCUCGAGCGCGGCGUCGGAGUACAGCGAGAGCGAGAUGGGGAGUAGUCUUGCGGGCGAGAGUAAUGCGCGGGCAGGUAGCGGGGAGGUUUGGAAGGGGGAUUUGAGCGCGGUGAUUGGGUUGCAGAAGCGUGGGUUGAGGGGCUUGAUGGAGGGGCGGAGGUUGAGGGAACGCGGGGCCAGUGUGGGGCAGAGUACUAUGAGGGUUGGGUUGGGGAUUGGUGGGGCUGGGUAG